CCUUCCCAGCAGCCUUUGCUGGCUCUGCCCCAAACAAACAAAGAGGGCAGGAGCUUUUCAAACAGCAGCCUCCCAAAAAGUUGGCUGCUGCAAAGCUGGACUGUGCUGGGACCCUGGCUGGCCACGGCCACUGGAGAAUGCAGCAGUGGCAGCAAGUUGGUGCCGUCGCCUAGGAGGAUCCUGGCAGUCGUCUUUAGUCCCUAAAGCUGAGAUUAACCUGAGUUUCCAGCGGCUGCACUGUCAAGUAGCUCUGUAGAACUGGAACAGCAGAAAAAGGACAUUGUUGGGGUUCCUCUCUAAUCUGCAGAAGCAGGUACAGGACAGCAUCAUCUCCAGACCCAAGAGGCAGGUUCUGCAGCACCAACAGUUUCCAUGCAGUAGCUGUCAACAUGGGCAUCCCUGGUUCUGCUCAACAUAACCUUCCAGACCAUCAAGGAGACACGAGGCUCCAGUAAGGACCUGCCAGCCUUGCCGGGACUCACACUGAGCUCCCUGGGACACUGAGCUCCUGCUCAGGAUUCUGACUGCUCCCGAUUCCUCACUGUGCUGCUGGCAGGCAGGAAUCCAUGUCCAGUUUGGGACACUGGGCAGAGCCGAGCCCGUUAGCAUCCUCUGCACCCUCAGCAGACCCAGGGACUGGUCUGGAUCCCCUGUUCUGAGGGUCUCUGUGUGAGUGAGGGACGGGUUUCAGGCUGUCCUGAGUUGCUCUGGUGGGAAGAGCUGCCUCCUUCCUCCUCUGUGGCCGGGAACCAGGUCACUGCUGGCAGGUGGGAUGGUGCUGAGGGGCUCCACGGCUGGUCCCACCAGCCUGGCAGCAGAGCACUAGCAGAGCCUGAGCACCGUUGCGGGGCUCUGUGCUGCCUGGGAGCGGCUGCACUCCGGGCAUGUAGGUGCCAGCACGGGACGGUGCCGGGAGCGAUGGGUCGGCUGGAUGACCAUGCCAAGAGGAGGAUUGUGGAGCUGCGCAGGGCUGGGCUGAGCUUCCGCAAGAUCAAGAAGGUGCUGGAGCUGGACGAUAUCCGGGUGACGCCGCAAGCUGUGUACCUCUUCCUCAAGAGGAAGAGUGUGGAGCCAGGGUCUAUGGCAGCUGGCUGGGAUGGGGACCAGCCCUGGCCCCUGCAGCGGGGGCGUGAAGCUGAGCCACCUGAGCCCCCAUGGGCCCGACCCCCAGCAAUGCCCAGUGGGGACCCCGCCAGCAGCCAAGACAGCAAGGAGGGCAUCCAGAUUGUUAGCGUGACCUCGCUCUGCAAGGACGGUGGGCAGCUUGGGGAGGCCCUGCCUGUGGGACUGCCCUCCAGGAACGGCAAUGAUGGCUUCACAGGCACACCCUCGGCUCUGGGGGGCCCAGCCACGCCCCUGCAACCCCUGCCCAGCCGAGGGCAGCUGGUCACACCCCCCGCCAGGAACCCAGCCCCGAUGGUGAAGAAGAAGAUCGUCGUGGACAGGGCUGUCCUCCUGCAGGAAAAGGUCAAAGAUGCCAGUACUCAGACUGCCCUGCUGAAUCCCACGAUUCCUGGAAAUCAAAACCUUGCUUGGGGUGGACCGGUGCUUCCCCCUGCUCCCAGUUCCCACGCCAUUGCUGAAAAGUUGGAUGCUGUACAGACGGAGAUCCAGAAGCUGAGCCAGGCCCUGCACGCGGUGCUGGAGAGACAAUGCUGCCUGGAGCGCCAGCAGGAGCAGCAGCAGCGGCUGCAGCAGGAGAUGCUGAUGACGCUGCAGCAGCUCAGCUCCACCGUGAGCCACGGCACGGUGCCGGCCAACCAGCCCUGUGUCCCCUUCAGUGGUAUGGUUGAGCCCUCUCCCACUGUGCCCAACUUCAGCCAGUUCAAGAUGGAGCUCAUCUGACCUCACACAACGCCAGCGUGAUCUAGCAGCGCUGCACUCAUGGCAGGAUGAAGCCAUGAAGAACCACCAACUUGCAGCAGCUGUGCCAGCUGCCUAAGGAUUAUGUGGGACACCCAGCAGAGAAGGUCACUGGUGCCUCAUGUUUUCAGCCCUGUUGACUGAAAGGGGCUGCCUGGCACAAGAGAAAGGGCAAUGGAAAGCAGAGACCUUACUCCUGCUGUGCUGCCCAUCCUGGCUGGCGCUGAAGCUGGCUGGUGCCCAGAGAUCAGCAGUGCAGGCGGGUUGCCUGCAAGUAGACGAUGCAGCUAAGAAAGACACAGCAGGGAGGUGAGUCUCAAAGAAAACGCGAGGCUUCCUCUCACAAGGGUCAGUGCUGUGGUGAUCAGCUACAGAAAUGCUUCAUGCCCUCCCUCUGCAGAGCCUUGUUCGGUAAAAAUCUAUAUACACCAUGGUUCAGAAA